AUGUUCCGCGCUCAAGCGGCUGGGCCGUUUGACCAUGUCGUCGCCAAGGCGACCGACGAGAACCUCACCUCUGAGGACUGGGGUGCCAUCAUUGAAGUAUGCGACAAGGUUACGGGCGAAGCCAACGGGCCAAAGGAUGCUGUUCAGAGCAUGAUCAAACGUCUGGCGCAUCGAAACGCCAAUGUUCAGCUCUACACGCUCGAGCUCGCCCACGCGUUGUGUCAGAACUGCGGCAAACCCAUCCACCGCGAGGUAUCCAGUCGCGCCUUUACCGAUGCGCUUCUCAAGCUAGCCAAUGACCGGAACACGCAUGCCCAAGUCAAGGCCAAGAUUCUCGAAAAGAUGAAGGAAUGGUCCGACAUGUUCAGCAGCGAGGCCGAGCUCGGCAUCAUGAAUGACGCCUACCACCGUCUGAAGCAGACCAACCCGACGCUGCAAGCCCCCAGCGCACCUCAGAAACAGGGACUCACGGAUGCUGACAGACAAAAGGAAGAGGAUGAGCUGCAGAUGGCCCUGAAGCUGAGCCUGCAGGACGAGGAGCGCAAGAAGGCGUCUGCGCAAGCAAGUUCCAGCUCCCAGGCCGAUGCCAGCCUUCACCAGAACCCGUCACCCGCUCCGGCGGCUGUUGCUGCAGCAGGUACGACGGCCGCAACAGUCAGCAGAGUGCGUGGCCUGUACGACUUUGUCCCGUCAGAGGCUGGCGAGCUCGAGUUCAAGAAGGGAGACGUCAUUGCCGUGCUGGAAUCCGUAUACAAGGACUGGUGGCGAGGCUCCUUGAAGGGCAAGACGGGCAUUUUCCCGCUCAACUAUGUCGAAAAGCUCACAGAUCCCACUCCCGACGAGCUGCACAAGGAGGCCCAGAUGGAAGCCGAGGUCUUUGCCGAGAUCAAGAACGUCGAGAAGCUGCUCACCCUGCUGAGUGCUUCCAACACGGGCCCUCGCGAAGAGGAUAACGAGGAGAUUUCGAAGCUGUACCACCAGACGUUGGCCAUUCGCCCGAAACUGAUCAAGCUGAUUGAAAAAUACUCGCAGAAAAAAGACGACUUCACCCAGCUCAAUGAAAAGUUCAUCAAGGCACGAAGAGACUACGAGGCUCUCCUGGAAUCAUCCAUGUCGCAUCCGCCUCAGCACAACUACCAGCAGUACGCCUUGCGUCCAGCUGCCCCUGGACAGGCGUUCGUUCCCGGCGCAGGAUACCCCCAGGGACAAGCUCCGCAGGAUUCGUACUACAGCCAACCCCCUGAUGCUGCUGACCAUGCGCGUUACCAAGCUAGCUCACCACCUCCUCACAACCCUUUCCAGACCCAAGGCAUCCAGCCUCAAGGUACACCUGCACCCUUUUACGUUGCAGGCGCCGAAGUGCCUUCCGGUGGCUCUGGAGUGCAACAACCGCAGCAGCAGCAGCAGCAGCAGCAGCCACCCCCGGCGACGGCGGCCCAGCAUUAUCCUGCCAGAGAAGAUGCUCAAAGCAGCUUGCCACUCUCCGGCAAGCAGCCCGCUCCAGGGAACCCAUCCUCGCCCCCUCCACAGCCCUUUGCUCCUUACUCCCAACAGGCACCUCCUCCGCAAACCGGCCCUUAUCUACAGAUUGCCGGCAGCAUUCAGCAGCAGCAGCAGCAGCAGCAGCAGCAGCAGCAACGGCCGCAGAGCACAUACGGCGCCCAAGAACUCUCCACAUCCGUCUACGACUCGCCCAUCGCGCCGCACAACCCCCCCAACCCUUCCUUCGGCCAACCGCACCUUCACUCAUACACCGCCGCCGACCACGCUCCAGCUCCCGCAACAGGCCAAGCCCCUCCUCCCCCCCGGCCCAGCUCUCUGUCUCCCGCGCCCUCGCAGCCCGGGCCCAGCGCCCCCCACGGGCUGCUUCCUCCAGCCCAAGGGGCGAGCUCCCCGGAGCAGACGCCCCAGCCACAGUACAGGCCGUACGUGCCGCCAGGGGAGGCGGACGGACCAUCGCCCAACGACUACUAUAGACAGGCGAAUAACCCCUACCAGAAGUAG